CAGUGCAUGCUAUGCCAAUGCAGCUUCAUGGCGAGCUGGGACCCUCCUUCCAGAAUGCUGUUUGUAAACCGUACCCGUAUAGAAAACAGCCAUUUGUAGUGAGAGCACACAGGUAUUUUUUGUAAUGAAAAUAGCCACCAUUUGAUGAGCCCCUAAAUACUGUGCUAUGUGUUGCAUGCAUUUAUUAUGUCAUUUAGUGCCUAUUAUGCAAGGCUGAGGUUUUUAUCUCCACUGUAGAGAUGAGGAGAUUGAGGCUCGAAACAAUCCUGCAGUGUUUCUAGGAGUUAGCCCCAUUUUAUGGAGGGGCCCAGAGAGGUUAAGUAACUUACCCAGGGUCACACAGCCAACCCAAGUAUAUCAGGUCCUAGACCCUUUGCACUUUACCACCCCUUCUAGAGCAAGGGCCCUUGCAAGGCCACCCUUAGCUUCUCGAGGAGUCCAGAUUUGUUUACUAAACCAGCCCGUGAGGACACAGAUCUAAGCAGGUAUGGUGGCGAUGCUGAUCAACUUAGGCUUGUCUUUGCUGCAAAGCUGUUAAUGGCUUGGUAGCCAAAUAGAUUUACUAAUAACUAUACAGUAGCUCUCAUCAGAGGUGGUCCUACCUUCCUGGCAAGUGUUUGGAAAGGUGCGGGGGUGACAUUUGGUCGUCAUGUCAGAAUCAUGCUGAGCAUGCCUGGCUUUUCGGCGGGCAGGAGAUGGAGAUGCCAAAUGUCCUGCAAACAGGCCGGAUCCGCAGCAGAUGUGAAGAGUCGCCCUGCCCUCAUGCCCGAGCGCCCGUGUUGAGAAACACCAGGAGGAAAAAGUGCCGUGGUGGCGCCGCUGCCCCAUGGGAGUGCCCCCGUGUGUCCGUGUUGGAUGAGGUUCGCGCACGCACCAUGUCAUCAUGCGUCUCUAGUCAGCCCAGCAGCGACCGGGCCGCCCCCCAGGAUGAGCUGGGGGGCGGGGGCGGCAGCAGCAGCGAAGGCCAGAAGCCCUGCGAGGCCCUGCGGGGCCUCUCGUCCCUGAGCAUCCGCCUGGGCAUGGAGUCCUUCGUCGUGGUCACCGAGUGUGAGCCAGGUUGCACCGUGGACCGCGGUCUGACCCGGGACCGGCCCCUGGAGGCCGAUGGCCGAGAGGUCCCCCUCGACGCCGGCUCCCAGGCCCGGCCCCAGCUCUCCAGUCGCCAGCUGUCUCUGCAGGAGCGGUCGCAGCUGGACGCGAACGGACGCUGCGUCCACCCGGUCCAGCCCCCCUCGCCCGUGGGCUCCCCGCAGUCGUCACCACGGCUGCCCCGGCGGCCCACGGUGGAGUCCCACCACGUCUCCAUCACUGGGAUGCAGGAUUGCGUACAGCUCAAUCAAUACACACUGAAGGAUGAAAUUGGAAAGGGCUCCUAUGGCGUGGUCAAGUUGGCUUACAACGAAAAUGACAACACCUACUAUGCGAUGAAGGUGCUGUCCAAAAAGAAGCUGAUCCGACAGGCGGGCUUUCCACGUCGUCCCCCACCUCGAGGCACUCGGCCAGCUCCGGGGGGCUGCAUCCAGCCCAGGGGCCCCAUUGAGCAGGUGUACCAAGAAAUCGCCAUCCUCAAGAAGCUGGAUCACCCCAAUGUGGUGAAACUAGUAGAGGUCCUGGAUGACCCCACUGAGGACCAUCUGUACAUGGUGUUUGAACUGGUCAACCAAGGGCCUGUGAUGGAAGUGCCCACCCUCAAACCGCUCUCCGAAGACCAGGCUCGAUUCUACUUCCAGGAUCUGAUCAAAGGCAUCGAAUACUUACACUACCAGAAGAUCAUCCACCGGGACAUCAAACCUUCCAACCUGCUGGUUGGAGAAGACGGGCACAUCAAGAUCGCCGACUUCGGCGUGAGCAAUGAGUUCAAGGGCAGCGAUGCGCUCCUCUCCAACACCGUGGGCACGCCUGCCUUCAUGGCGCCCGAGUCACUCUCAGAAACCCGGAAAAUCUUCUCUGGGAAGGCCUUGGACGUUUGGGCCAUGGGUGUUACGCUGUACUGCUUUGUGUUUGGCCAGUGCCCGUUCAUGGACGAACGGAUCAUGUGUUUACACAGUAAGAUCAAGAGUCAGGCCCUGGAAUUUCCAGACCAGCCCGACAUAGCCGAGGACUUGAAGGACCUGAUCACCCGCAUGUUGGACAAGAACCCCGAGUCGAGGAUCGUGGUGCCGGAGAUCAAGCUGCACCCCUGGGUCACGAGGCACGGGGCGGAGCCGUUGCCAUCGGAGGACGAGAACUGCACGCUGGUCGAGGUGACCGAAGAGGAGGUCGAGAAUUCGGUCAAACACAUUCCCAGCCUGGCGACCGUGAUCCUGGUGAAGACCAUGAUACGGAAGCGUUCCUUCGGGAACCCGUUCGAAGGCAGCCGGAGGGAGGAGCGCUCGUUUUCAGCGCCCGGAAACCUGCUCCUCAAAAAACCAACCAGGGAGUGGGAACCCCUGUCUGAGCCCAAGGAAGCAAGGCAGCGAAGACAGCUUCCCGGGCCCCGACCCGCCCCCCGUGGGGGAGGAGGAAGUGCUCUUGUGAAAGGCGGCAAAAAGGUGGAGAGUUGGGGGGCCCCGGCCCCGGCCCGCGGCCCGCGCACGCGCAUGCGCCCUCUGUGGCCGGAGCAGGCGAUGGAGUAGCUGCCGGACCGCCCCGCGACCUCGCAUGCUGGCGUCUCACCUCCCGGCCCGCGCACGCUGCGUUUCCAUAGCAGCAUGUCCUACGGAAACCGAGCACGUGUGCAGAGCCUUGGCCGUCAUCUCUGGUUGUUGUUUUUGUUUGUUUGUUUGUUUCUUUUUCCUUUGUUGUUUUUAAAGGGGACAAAAAAAAAAAGACUUGACUCCAUGACGUCGACCUUGGCCGCUGGCUGGCUGAACGGGCGGGUGUGAGGAAUCGCAGACCCAGAGCCACGUGCAUUUCGGGACAAUUGCUUUUUAAAACGUUUUUAUGCCAAAAAAAAAAAAAAACCUUCGUCGUGAACUCAGAACCAUGUCAGCUAUACCAAGUGAAUGUGUGUGGGGUUUGAAACUCAUGUAAAACUGGCAGAAGACUAUCGGGGAAGUGGUCUGAGACCACAGAGUUAGUCACCGCUGCAUUUGAAAGGAAGGGGGAAGAGUGGGCGUGACUUCUCGCACAAACCCCAAACCUCAAACCAUGCCACCUUCCAGAGCUGAGGACUCAAGGAGUCAGGGCAGGGCCAGCCCUCAGUAGCUGCAGGGAGCAUUGGUGCAACUUAUUUGUAAGAAGGACUUUUAACAUUUUUCUAUGGUUAGAAUUGUAGUCAGGAAAACGAAAAGGGCUUGAUGCUUAACUGCUUCAUAAAGGCGAUUUUCCAGCCCUAGAAGGGCAUCAGCGGUUGUGGUGUGAGAAGUUUUGCCUAAAGGACCGAACAGGUCCUUUAUGACAGCCGCUUAAGGGUUUCUGAAGUUAUUAGCUGAGCGCUCUAGUAAAUCUGUUAAAUUUCAAAAAAACUCCAGGGUGAAAUCCUACACUUCCAUGUACAUUACAUGGCUUAAGAGUAAACAAACAAAAAUUUUCAAUUCUCCAACUAGGCUGAACUCCAGAGGAGUUCAGAAAUCACUUAGAGCUUCCGGAAUAUAUUCCGUGGCUUCAGGCAUACGGAUCAGAGUUGGAGCCAAUGAAACCCAUGCUUGUAUAUUAGCAGCUUAGCUUGUUUGUAACCUGUGUAUUCUAUGGACUGCCAAGGUUUUGUUUUCUUAAAAAUACUAGCUGAGUGUUGUAGUUAGUGAAAUACUUCCCCAUUUUCUGGAGGGCCAUUUAGGAAAUACUUUCAUUCGACUGAGACACAAAUGAUCGUUCUUACCAGCAAAGCCCUGUUGGGAUCUACACGAGAACUUCGGGGCACCCUUUGAGAGAAGGCUAUUGAAACCCAGAGCACUCCUCGGGGUUCAGGUGCACAAGGGCUUGGCACAGGAUGUUCCCUUUUGUAGCCAAAAGUCCAGAAAGAAAAAGUUUACCUUUUUGACUUCCACUUCAUAUUGGGAAGUUUGGUUGCAGUUCAACUUCUUCCAGAGCCACACACGUGGGUGAGUCUGAAGUUCAAGUUGUAAGACAGCAGGAAGGACUUUGCCCUGGAAGAUUCUCAGUAUUUUGUGGUCCCUGACUUGGUGGAAACAGUAACCAAGCUCAGAAGAGCGUACUUUCCUGUAGUUUCUGUUUGAUCAGUGUUGAUAUGAGGAUUCUUUGCAGACACAGUGACACCAGGCCACGUGUCUCCCCGUCCAGCAUGUUCACAGAGCCCAGGCGUUCUUGGCUUCCACAGAUCUCCAUAAGCUCCUGACUGUCGUCGUAGCCGGACUUUUCUUGCUAUCUUAUAAUCAGUACACAAUUAGGGGCUGCUAGUUUCCGAGAGCAAAGGACACCCGCCUGCUGGAGGGUCCUCCUGCCUGCUUGCUUGCUUUUUGUAACCUAGUACUUCCUCUUGCCCCUCUGUGCUUGUUUAAAGUUAUGAGCUGCACCCCUUCCGGGAGCAACAGAUGGGGUCUGGUAAGUUUGCAAUAAGCACCUUGCAGUGGUUAAAGUCAGCCAUUCCUUAGUCCUUGUCCCAGAUGGAGUGUGUGGACUCCGGCCUGGCCAUGUGGCUUGCCCAGGAAGGGCUUCUGCAGAACUCCCGUGUUUACACGACUGCAUCAGGCAAUGCCAUUAAUUCCCCCCACAAAACUCUCCAUGUUAGGUUUCAUAUGUGGAAUGCCAGCUGUCAGGCAGCUGUUUAGGCGGGUGGGUUGGGGGAGGCCCAAGUUCAUAACUUUUUUUUUUUUUUUUUUUUUUACAAAGAAACACCAAAGAAAGUUAUGGAAAGGAACUGCCACCCCCAAAAUAUAUAAGCAGAGAGGGCUGUAGCACAAAGCAUUAACUACCACUGUCUUGGAGCACAAAAGCCAGCUCUACUGGGAAAGGGGAGAAGCUGUUAGGAGCAGCUUUUUCAGAGGAGCAAAAACAAUAUGCAUCAGUUUUUUUCUAUUGCUGGCUCAUCUGUGGGACCAAUUUGGUAUAAGCAACCUGUGGCCCGCAUCUGUGGCCUUGAAGGAAGCACAAGCUCUCUCCCUGUCUUUGCCUGUUCCACUUCCCCCAUCUAUUCUGCAGGCUCACCAAUGGCUCCCGUAAAGCCUUAUCUUGCCCCUUGUUGGCACUGGGGGCCGGAGAGGCUGUCUCCCUACUGGUCUGGCCUUUCCCGUAAGGUAGGGCUCCCAUCCUCAAAGCCUUUUUUGGAACAAGGAGGCAAAUACCUGUGUGUUUAGACACCUAGGCUCCACUGUCGCUCUCAUGCAUCUUCCAAAGGGGAGCUUCCUGUUGCCAGGGAGGAAGAACCAUGACCUCCACUUGCUUCUAAGGUGCUAGGGAAGGUUUCAAGGUCGUCGGUUCCCAUCUUCUCUCCAGCUUUCUGGGCUGAGUUUCGUGGGACUGCUGACUUUUCUAUUCUGUGAUCUAUUUACUGCCCGAUGCUUGUUUUAUUCCUGAUCCUUUCUACUAUGCAUUUUCCUUUUAUCAGGUGUACAAAGUUAAAUACUGUGUAUUUAUCACUUAAAAAUACAUGAACUUAAGAGAAAAAAUAAGCCUUUGGUGUUUUUCCACAGAUGUUUAAGCUUCUCUGUAAACUUGAAAUAAACAGACAGCAAAAUGGUGCAAA